CAACAAGCGUCUUGGAGUACUUAAAUAAGGUCAUGUUUGUUUCAGUUUAGGAUUAUUAUAAUUUAGAUUAUUAAGCCAGAUUACUAUAAGCUGAAUUAUAAUAAGUUAACAUAAAAUAAGCUGUGAGUUAUUUGUUUAUCUGGAUUAUUGGAGGCACGGAUUAUUGGGUUUGAAAGGCUAAAGUCUAUAAUGCCCUUGGCCUUUUUGGAUGCCUAAACGGCGGCGGCGCGGUUCGGGGAAGAAGACGAGGUGCCUUAGUGGGGAACGCGGUGGUGCGGUCGAGGGUGGAGGAGGUUGCUCGCGAGACGGGGCACCGCAGUGGGGAACGCGGCGGCGCGGCAGGGGGUGGAGGAGGUUGCUCACACACGCAUGAGUGCAUGACCAGGGGAGGAGGCGACGCCGCAGAUUGGGAAAGGCGGCGCGACCGGGAGAUUAGGAGGCCGGAUGCGCGCAAGACUGGGAGAGGAGGAGCCGAGUUCGCGCGCUCGCCAAGAGAGAGGAGAGGCCUAUCUGUUUGUUCGGUUGAUGGUAUGGGUGGGUAAUUUUUAUCAAGUAUCCAGGGGUAGUGGGUCUUUAGCCACCCAAUAAUCUGAAAAAAGCUCCUUUAGAGGAGCUUAUUAGAUUAUGAUAAUCUGGCUUACAGAUUAUAAUAAUCUAUCAUGCUAAUCUAUCUGUUUGUUUCAGCUUACUACUAAUAAUCUAGAUUAUAAUAAUCCUAAGCUGAAUCAAAUAGGGCCUAAGAUUUGUGAUGAUGCGUAUUUUUAUAGCAUUUGCUUUUGCUAAUAUUGAUGCUCUUGUGGAUAAACUGAAAUGUCUGUACAAUGAGGAAUAUUGGGUUAUGCUAGCUAGGCUUUGUUUAAAUACCACACUGUAAAAAAGAUUCGAUAAAAUAUCACUCUCAACCAGCGUUUUUAUGUUGAAAUACUAUUUCGGACAUUGCCCUUUGGGCUCCUCUUCUUCCUUCCUCCGGAAUGUACACUGUCAAACCAACAAAAUAACCCGUGACCUCCUUAACCGCAUCCUUAAGCAUGGUGGUAUUGCUGCCCUGGGCAACCAUGUAGACAACAUCGCGUGGUUGAUUGGCGGCUUCAGGCCUUGUUCGGUUGGGUUGUUCCCGGCCGGGAUCGGGGCCCAAUCCCCAUGGAUCACCCCGGCGAGGAAAAAAUCCCGGCCCAUGCGAAAUUGUGCGUUCGGUUAAGCCCUGCCGUGAAUUUUAGCCCGGCCCACCACGGGGUUUCCCUCUUCUCUAGGCCCGGGAAAAAAUCAUCUACUCCUGGAGCGUGGAAAAUUUCCUCGAGUGGAGGCGGCGGCGCAACGAAGACGUGACGGAGGGGGCAGCGCGCGGUGCGACCCGGAGGCGACGGCGACGGCGACGGCGACGACACGGCUCUCUCCUCCGGCCGCCACCUUGUCUCCAGUGAGCACGCUGCCUUUCCCCUUCUUCCCUCCUCUUGCAAAGCUAGGGUUAGGGUUUUCUUCUCUUCUCCCUUUCCUGUCGUCGCCGCCAUCUCUCUUCUCGCCGUGUAGCUUUCUGGUGAGUGAGCGCUUAGCGAUUCGUCGUCCUCCUCCUCGUAUCCUGCUCGAUCUGGUGAGUUCUUGAUUUGGGCGUGGAGCUUUUUUUCUUGGUUGGGUGGGGAUGAGUUCUUGAUUUGCCGCCGCCACCGCACCGCCCAACUCUGGUUCUUGAUUUGAGUUCUUGAUUCACGGUGGCUUUGAGGCAGCAGAUGGUGAGAGCGAGAGCUGUACGGUGGCUAUGGAAACAUGCUUGCCUUGAUUAGUUUUGCUUAGUGUGACUGAUGCUGUGAUGCUUGCCUGAGCAUGUCUUGUAAAAUUGACUAUACAAGUUUUUACAGUGAAGUACUCAGUUCUUGGUGCUUCCGGAGUCCCAACUUGUGGUUGUUGGUUAUAUUUCUGUUUGGAAAUUACAAGGGUUGGGUGUCCUGAUUUUGAGGAUUGUAGAGCUAUGGAGGUACUCUGUAAUUAGUUUAACAUUUCUGAAUUGUAAACUAAUUCUAUCGUCAUUGUUUCACAAACAAACUAGCAACAAAUUGCUGCAGUAUAUACAGUAAUGUAUACUUAAACUGAUUUAUUUUAAACUAACAACAGUAGCUUUUAGUCUCAUUAGACUAACAUAUUUGUUUUCCUCAACAUGAUACUUGUAUAAAACAUGUUUAUCAUAGCUAUUCAAGCACUAAUAUGUCUAGUGUUAAAUGAGCUGAUUGGGUGAUUAAUUCUGUACCCAUGUUAUAAUGUAUUUGAUGAUGAGAUCCUUCUAUUUGAUUGAAAAACAGCAGCUCCUACUUUGAUGCUAGCUAGCACUAGUUCUGGGUUUUAUGUAACUCUAGUUCUAGUUCUGAAUUUGAGUUGUCAGUGAUGUGUAUAAGUUGUGCUUGUUUUGUAGAUUGCACGUGCACCCAUUAGAGUUGGAGAAGACCAACCUCCUCCUUCAAUUAUUGUUGCACUGUGCACUCUUUAAGAAAAAAAGAUCCUUAUUGUUCUUUUCAUUUUUCCCAUCAAUUUUUAAAUAUGCUUCAUAACUUGGACUUCUUAAGAUUAAUUCCCAUAGUUUAGUGAUUCUUUUGUGAUUAUCUUUCUAGAUCUUUUGUUGCUGUGCUAAGUGCAAAAUUGUAAAUAAUUUGUGCUCUAUCUAUAGUACUACUAUGGAUAUGAGAGCAAGAGACCGCGCUAGAAAGAGGAGGGAAGAGGAGGACGAUGAUAUGAUGUUGUUUAUUUUCCCUGCACUACAUUUGUUGAGUUCUAGUGGAGCAAGGGAAAAGAAGCGACGCCAUACAUCAAAGAUAACAGGCGAGGAGCGUGUUCGGGAGUUGCUUGAAGGGCAUGUAAAAAAUUGCCGGGUAGCAUUCAGGAUGGAGCCGGAAAUAUUUAUAUCUUUGGCCAAUUACCUUAGAACUGAAAAGUUGGUCGAUGAUACUAGGAUUAAAGUUGAAGAGAAGUUGGCAUUCUUCUUAUACAUGCUUAGUCACAAUGCUUCAUUUGAGGAUUUGCAAGAGAAAUUUGGGCACAGUGGGGAUAGCUUUCAUCGUCACGUAAAGCAUUUCUUCAACUCAGUUGUCCCUUCGCUCUCGAAGCGGUUUCUGAAGCCUCCAAAUCCUAAUGAAGUUCAUUGGAAAAUAGAAAAAGAUCCUAGAUUUUAUCCCUAUUUCAAGAAUUGCCUUGGUGCAAUUGACGGCACCCAUAUACCCAUAUCUAUAUCAUCUGACAAAGCAGCUCCAUUUAGAAAUAGGAAAAAUACUCUUAGCCAAAAUGUGAUGAUAGCUUGUGAUUUUGAUCUGAAGAUUACUUUCAUGUCUACUGGGUGGGAGGGGUCGGCUACAGAUGCCAGGGUUCUUACCUCUGCAGUAAACAAAGGCUUCCAAGUACCCCCUGGAAAGUUCUAUUUGGUUGAUGGUGGAUAUGCCAACACCAAUUCUUUCCUUGCACCAUAUCGUAAAGUCAGGUAUCAUCUAAAGGAGUAUGGGGCAGGUCGGCGUAGACCUCAAAACUACAAAGAGUUAUUUAACCAUCGCCAUGCGGUAUUGAGGAAUCAUGUUGAAAGGACUUUGGGGGUUGUAAAAAAGCGCUUCUCUAUUCUCAAAGUUGCAACUUUCCACAAAAUCAAGAACCAAGUGAAGAUACCAGUGGCUGCUGCAGUGUUCCAUAAUAUUAUUCGAUCACUGAAUGGGGAUGAGCAAUGGUUAAAUAACCAACCACAUAAUAUCCAUCCAAGCAAUUAUGUUGACCUGCCAGAUGGUGAUGAAGGCAAUGAUCAAAGCACUAAUCAAGGGAAUCUUUUGAGGGACACGAUAGCACAUCAAAUGUGGAAUGACUAUCGACAGCAUAGGAAUUAGUGGGUUGUAAUAAGUAGUAUAUUUGAUUUUUUUUUUAUGUUUUGUGAGCUGUAAUAACUACGACAUAUUACAAAUAUUAUGUUAUAAAUGAACUAUGGUGGUUGCAUGUGACAUACAUUUGCUACAAUGCUUUUGUUAUGAAUAUUGUGUUAUGCAUCCUUUCUCAGUUAAUAUGCUUGGAAGAGGUUCUCCAAGGUUGACCAUGCUUUUAGCGAAAGCUGCACAAAAGAAGAACUCUCCGAAAGGUCGUCCUACAAAAAAGCAUGGAGGUUCUCCAAUAGAAAAAACAAGAGCCUCUUGGAACCCAGCCCUAGAGAAGAUUCUUGUUGAGUUAUUGCAUGAGCACAACACUCCUGAGUAUAGGGGUCAGAAUGGAUGGACUUCAGAAGCUUGGAACAAAAUCGUGAAGGAAUUCCAUGAGAAGGACAGAUAUGUCUGCUUAACAAAGUCCCAAAUCCAAGAAAAGGAGAAAGAGCUAAAAAGAGAAUAUAGGAUGCUGAAAGAGGCUAGAAAACAAAGUGGAGCUUCAUGGAAUAACCAGAGAUGCAUCAUUGAGGCUGAGCCUGCUAUAUGGAACAAUAUAAUCAUCUCAUUUCCUAAAGCCAAGAAGUUUCGCACCAAAUCUUUCCCUCUAUUUGAGGCCUUGGGAGAACUUUACGAUGGACAUACUGCAGAAGGAACCUACAAUUUCACCUCAACUGAGCCAUUGCAACAUCCAAUCAUUACUCAAGUUGAGAGUGAUCAAGAUGAUCUUGGUAACACUGAGAUUAUAUUUCCAGAUUAUGAGGACACCUUGACUUAUCAAGUACAAGAUGAUGCAGAUGCAACUGAAGAUGAUAAUGCAAAUGCUGAAAGGCUUAAAGAGAUGCCGCAUAGAAGGGUUGUUGCUGUACCAAGAAACAAAGAAGAAAAAGAACCCAAGAGGCAAAAGAAGAGUGUUGGUGUAGAAGGACUUAUGGAAAGGUACCUUGAUAUGAGGACCAAACAAACUGAAGAUGAGGCUGCACAAUUAGCAAGAGAAAAGGAGGCUCAUUUAGCAAGAGAAAAGGAGGCUCAGUUAGCAAGAGAAAAGGAGGCUCAUUUAGCAAGAGAAAAGGAGGCUUAUUUAGCAAGAGAAAAGGAAAGUAAUGAUUUUUCAAUCAAGAGGUGCAUAUCUGUUCUGAAUUCGAUGGAUGUGAGAAAGGCAGAAAAGGUCAAAGCAUAUACCGUCUUCAAGAAUGCAGAGAACAGAGAGAUUUUUGUGAGUGCUUGUGAUGAGGAUCCAGAAUCUGCCUUGAGUUGGUUAAGAAGUGAGAUGGCUUGAAAGAGAUGGGAACACUGCAGCUGGGUGACUGAAGCUCAUGGUGGCAUUAGUGCUAAGCUUAAACACUUGCAUUCAAUUUGUAGUUUAGCUCUUAGCUGGCUACUUCUAUUUAUUCUAAAAAAAACAACUGAACUGUAACCAUUUUUAUUACUUUGUGACACUUUCAUGUAUGCAUUUGUGAACGUACGGCAUGCAUGUGUGUUUUCCCUGUGCUAAAACAAUGUUUUUUUUACUGCGUCCUAUGGAUUUGAUCUGGGAGAA